UUCUGACCAAAGGUGUACGUACUUACCCGUUAGAAUUUAUUUAUUUAUUUGAGUAAACGUCUUUAUUGCUAAAGAAUAAAAAUACAGGAUAUACCUAUCUACAGUUAACAGGUACAGGGUACCUACAGUUACAGGGUGACCUUAUCACUACAGUGAUCUCUUUUUUAGAAUUAAGAUGAAGUUUAUGAUAAAUUGUUAGACUUGAAAAUUUGAUUUGAUCUUGAUAAUAAUGGAGAUGAAAAAAGUCGAAGACGUUGUGAAGGUAUCGAUCGAGGAAGAUCUAGCGGAGCUGGUGAGCGGGUUCGGGAGGUAUCAGAUCUGGCAGUGUGUUCUGGCGGCCAUCCCAGUCGUUUGCACUGCACUGAGCAAUACCAAUUUUGUAUUUGCUGCAGCUGCUAUCGAUUACAGAUGUGCAGUACCACAAUGUGAAGUAAAUAAUGCGUCAUCAGCAUUACCUAUCUGGUGGCCGUCCAACGUUACUAAUGUUCACUGCAGCCGCCCGGUCUACGCACACAACGCGACCUGUAACCCUGAGGAGUUGGAUCAUGUAGAGGAAUGUGAUCAAUGGCUCUAUGAUACGAGAGAUUCUAUUGUUAACGAGUUUGAUCUGGCAUGUCAUGAAUGGAAGCGCACAUUGGUGGGUACAGUGCACAACCUCGGAGUUUUGAUUUCAAUGCCUCUAAUGGGAUACAUUUCAGACAGAUGGGGUCGGCGAAAAGCUAUAGCUAUAAGUGGAUUAUGCCUUGGAAUAGGAGCAUUGAAGAUAUUAGCAGGAACUGGCCAGGAUGCCUAUUUAACUUACAUACUAAUUGAGUUUUUCGAAGCUGUAUUAGUAACUGGCACUUACACUACAUGCUUUGUUCUGAUUGUGGAGCUUAUUGGGAGCGACAAAAGAACCAUUGGAUCUGCAGCCGUAGGCAUUUCGGUAGCAGUUGGCGAACUCAUCCUUACCUUUAUCGUCUGGAAUAUUCCUUACUGGCGACAUUUUCUUCUUCUUGUCGCCUCUCCUGCUCCAAUUUUCCUCCUAUACCCUUACAUUCUAGAAGAAAGCAUGCGCUGGUUGCUUACCAACGGAAAAAGUGGAGAAGCUCUGAUGGUUCUACAGAAAAUUGCCAGCUGGAAUCACUUUGCAGUAUCAGACAAAGUGGUCGAUGAAAUUACAAAAGAAUUGAAAGGAGCAAUGAGUCAGAAUAUUGCUAAGGAAAAGUUUAAUGUAAAACUGCUGUUUUCGUCACCUGCGUUACUCAAAAGAGUGAUCGUCUGUUCGUGGUGGUGGUUCACCGCAGCCUUCGUGUACUAUGGAUUAAUGUUCAACUCGGUGGGUCUGCCGGGGAACAAGUUCACCAACUUUGCCCUCUCGUCCCUCGCCACGAUACCGGGCGAUAUCAUUGCUGUGAUAACUUUAGACAGGAUCGGGAGGAAGAAGACUUUGUUGGGUGGCUUCGUGUUCUGUGGCAUUUGCUGUGUCUCUAGCGGAUUUAUACCUCAAGAUUACAAAACCACUUCAAUAGCAGUAUUUUUGAUUGGGAAGACGUCUAUAUCAGCAUGUUUCAACGCAGUAUAUGUGUACACGUCAGAGUUAGUCCCUACAUCAGCAAGAGGCUCUUUAGUCGGUACUUGCUCUAUGCUUGCGCGAGUGGGCACAGUUUUGGCUCCACUUACUCCGCUAUUGAGUGAAUGGUGGCGCGCGCUGCCAACAGCCCUGUUCGGCUGCGCGUCGCUGUCCGCUGCGGCGCUGACGCUGGCCACGCCGGAGACGCUGCGGAGGAGGCUGCCGGACACCGUCGCUGAGGCCACGGCUAUGGCUUAA